UUCAAUAAAACUAGUUGAGCUUAACAUUUAAGUAAAUAAAGCAACGCAGUUUUUUUUUUCAAAAUGCAUUCCAUCAGCGUCAUAUAUGCUCUUGGCAUUUUAUGCGCAGCGUUGUCUGUGUCUUUCGGUACAAACAGCGCAACCAGCUGCACCAGUGGGACGUCAUGUACCGUUAGCAGCACUACGACGACCACCACAACCACUUCCACGGCCAAAAGCACUGACAUUAGCUCCACAACCGAACGCAUUCACCGUAGCAACAACAAUACAAAUUUUUUGAAAGAGAAACCUAAAGAUCUGCAAACCUGUCAACGUAAAUCGGCUGAUUUUGAUAAAUGCAUAGUGAGUGCAUAUCAGCACAUAUUUAGUACCUGGAAAAAUGGUUUACCUGGCUUUGCUCAUUCAGAACCCAUAGACCCCUUAUUUGUGCGCGAAUUCGAGGUGAUCGAAGAUAGUGAAAAUAUCACACCAAUCACAGUGAAAAUAAACAACAUCACAGUAACUGGUUUGAGUGAGGCGAAGGUGAAGAGUGUCAACUUCAAAGAAAAUGAAUACGAUUUCAAAAUGACUUAUUCAGUGCCUAAAAUACGCCUAAAUGGUCAUUAUACAGCUCAAGGACAAGUGCUGCUGCUCAAAAUCGACACGGAUGGUGAAAUGUUCAUGGAAAUUCUUGACGGCCUCUACACCGUAUCGACAAAAGUUAAAUUACAAACUUUAGAAAAUCACAAAUUUU